AGGGUCGAGUUGAGAACAGACCCACAGUUGUCUGCGCUGUGGUUUUCUAGUAGGGGGCAGAGCCUAAGGUGUAAAGGAUACUUAGUUCAAUUCAGUGGGAGGGUCACUUCCUCCUAGGUGGAGGUCAGACGGCAGCACUCGAUACUUGCUGCUUUUGUUGUUUGACCGCAAGUCUGCCAACUAAGGCGCUGCUUUUACGGUUUAAGCACCAGCCCGCUCUCCGAUUCAGUGGCCGAGGUGUUGGCGUGUGGAGUGUGGGGGUGUGGGAGUGUAUAUCACGCUCCCGUGAGUGGCUCUUGCUGAUUGUGAUGUGAAACUACUUUAAAGUAGCGUGGGAGAGCAGACGUCUAUGCAAGGGGUGGGAGUCUUGCAAGGGGGAAAGUUGUAGACAAGUUAUUGUGCGUCAUUUAGGAGAGCCUUGAGACUUCUGAUUUGCUUCAGGUGGAAAUCUGAGUUGAAUUAAGGAACUCCAAGAGUGGAUGUAGCUUAACAGAGUGAAGCACUUUCAAUGCAAAUUUGAUAGGUCUGAACGUGGCCAGGUCAUUUCCAAGUGAGAAUGGGGAGGCUUGGGUCUGGGAUGUUUUAAAUGUGAUAUCUGUGGGCAAGAGGGCAAGAGCUGAGGCAUAAUCUUCAAACAGAAAUUCUGUUUUCCCCAAAUAAUAGCCUAGUCACACAGCUGGAGAGCGUCAAGGCAACUUUACUAAACAUGGAAGUUCCAAUAAGUGCCUGUCCAGUUCAGCUGGGGGAGUGAUGUCAUUGCCACGUGUUCCCCACUAAGGCACAAAAGCCUGUUGGUCCGGGUGCACUUAAGAGCCUUGUUUAGACAAGAGCCGUUAACCUGGCCAGCUGGUCCCCUGCUCCAUUAACUUGUUGCUUUUCACGCUAUCUCUGGAGGCGGUUGGUUCUUUCUGGCUGCUGCUGUGCAGGCUCUGAGUGGGAAUCCCAAGGCUGCUUUGAGGAUGGAGGAAGCUGGCAGGCAGUGGAUGCUAUUAACGGACCCAACGAUGACUCUGAAUAAUGUCACCAUGCGCCAGGGCACCGUGGCCAUGCAGCCGCAGCAGCAGCGCUGGAGCAUCCCGGCUGAUGGCAGGCAUCUGAUGGUUCAGAAAGAGCCCCACCAGUACAACCACCGCAACCGUCACUCUGCUGCCCCUGAGGACCCCUGCCGCCGGAGCUGGUCCUCUGACUCCACAGACUCGGUCAUCUCCUCUGAAUCAGGGAACACCUACUACCGGGUGGUGCUCAUUGGGGAGCAGGGGGUGGGCAAGUCCACUCUGGCCAACAUCUUUGCAGGCGUGCACGACAGCAUGGACAGCGACUGUGAGGUGCUGGGAGAAGAUACAUAUGAGCGAACCCUGAUUGUUGAUGGAGAAAGUGCGACAAUUAUACUCCUGGACAUAUGGGAAAAUAAGGGAGAGAAUGAAUGGCUCCAAGACCACUGCAUGCAAGUCGGGGAUGCGUACCUGAUUGUCUAUUCCAUCACUGACCGAGCGAGCUUUGAGAAGGCGUCUGAGCUGCGAAUCCAGCUGCGCAGGGCCCGGCAGACAGAGGACAUUCCUAUAAUCUUGGUUGGCAACAAAAGUGACCUGGUGCGGUGUCGAGAAGUGUCUGUAUCAGAAGGGAGAGCAUGUGCUGUGGUGUUCGACUGCAAGUUCAUUGAGACCUCCGCGGCUGUCCAGCACAACGUCAAAGAGCUGUUUGAGGGCAUUGUGCGGCAGGUGCGCCUUCGACGGGACAGCAAGGAGAAGAAUGAGCGGCGUCUGGCCUACCAGAAAAGAAGGGAGAGCAUCCCCAGGAAAGCCAGGCGUUUCUGGGGCAAGAUUGUGGCCAAAAACAACAAAAAUAUGGCCUUCAAGCUCAAGUCCAAAUCCUGCCAUGACCUCUCUGUGCUCUAGGCACCCAGAGUCACCCAGAUGUUCCCCCAGACAUCGCUGAAGGCCAUCGGACCAAUAAUCUAUAUUAGAUUGGAUACUUAAGUGCUGUUAGUUGUGGCUUCCCCCAUUGCAGCUGGGAAUUAACGAGUUAGCCUCAUGGGCAACAUAAUGCAUGGGAAAUGAGCGAUCUUUGUAGAGUCUGUAUUUAUUCACAGGAAAAGCCUUGCCCUUGCUACUAGAACACCCAACACUCAAUAGAGGAUGUCUUUGGUGUUCACAUGUGUUUUCUCUCUCCUUUGGACGGUAGAAAAUUGAAGCCUACAAGAGAAUGCCUAGAAUGAGAACUUUUCGUUAUUAAAAUUUUGCCUAGUGUUUUGAUAUGUGAUUUUGAGCCCAGUGGGUCAUAACCAAAUACAGGAAAGCCAUGGAAGGGCUUAUUCAAAGGAGAGAGGACUUUCUAUGUUCCUUAUAUUCCCUGGAGCUAGAAUCAUAGACCUGGAUUCAUCAUGAUCAUGACUAUUAUUGCUCCACAAAGCUGUGAAAAGAAAUGAUGGACCUUGCUGGAAACUAAAGCUUAGCAAACAGUUUUUGUUCAAUACUCACAGUUAAGAAUUCAGAGAUUUGUAGAAUUGGGAACUGAUAUAUUUACAAUUUAUGGGUUCAAAAAUUAUAUCUCACUUAUAUGUGGCUUACGUCUUUUUUUUAUUUAGGGGAAAAUUAUUUUAAUCAAAUUUUACUUAAACCACCUUUUAUGUUUCUUUAUUUUUGAAAUCAUAGAGCCAACACAAUCAUAUUUAAAAAAUCCAGAUAAUGCCAAAUUUUAAAAAUAGAAUAAAUGGUCUGAAGUUUUAUAAACUACAUAACAUAAAUUCUUCCAGUACUUUGGGUUGACCCUUGUACACCACAGCUCUGCUCUAUUUAUUAUUAUUUUGCAAAAUAAUAACCAUUUUAACAUUUGAUAAAGUAUAUUUAUGAACAUAUUUUUUAACAGGAAAAAUGUCCGUUUUAUUACCAUUUUCUAUCUUUUUCAGAAUAUGCAAGUUUUUACCUAU